AUGACUACAACAGUUACUACGAUAGAAACGUUAAUACCUACAAUACCAGCUUCUGUUCUUAAUACUGGUGAAUGUUUAAGUGUAAUCAAUUAUGUAUUACCUCCUGGGACGGCCGGAAAUACCUUUGAUAUGUAUGCAGAAUUAAAAGAUAGCCAACCAAUUACAAGAGAUAGUUGUUAUACUGUAUGUUCAACUUCACCACACGUACCUAAUGGUGAAUGGUACUUCGGUAUUACAGACGGUCUUUCAAUAAGUUGGGGUGGUACUGCUUUAAACUCACAAGCUUGUUUAUGUUUCAUUAACAAACCACCUAGUAUAAGUCCAAAUGCUAAUAACCCUCCAAUUUGUGCUGACGGUAGAGGUACUACACAAUUCUCAUCAUGGGUGUAUACAGUUAGUCCAUAA